AUGUCCUUCUUGUUUAAUCGUGCCCAGAAGGAGAAGGCGAACGAGGGGCCUCGGACGACAGAGGUCAUUCUCACCCCUCCGCCCGGCGCCAAGCCGGGGCCGCAGCCGGAGCUGAAAGAGGGCGACGAGGAAAAGCUCCAGGAGCUGCAGCAGCACGUCCUCGACUACAUUGCGCAGCACCCCUGCCCCGAGGCGUACCUGCCGUACGAGGAGCAGUGGCUCGCGAACCCCGUGCUGUACAAGCGCUACCUGCGUGCGACGCGUGGCGACCUCAAGGCGUCCAAGCGCCGGAUCCUCGACACGCUCGAAUGGCGCCGAGACUUUAAGCCGGAGAUUAUCCCGCCGGACGAGGUUGCGCCGGAGGCGGAGACGGGCAAGCAUAUCCUCUGUGGCUUUGAUCGCGAGGCACGCCCGAUCCUCUAUCUGCGCCCCGGCCGCGAGAACACCAAGACGAGUCCCCGCCAGAUCCGCUACAUGGUCUGGAGCUUGGAGCGCGGCAUCAACCUCAUGCCGCCGGGCCAGGAGACGCUCACGAUCGUCGUCGACUUUAACGGGACAAACCUGUCGACCAUGCCGUCGCUCGGGACUGCGCGCCACGUCGCGCACAUCCUCCAGACGCACUACGUCGAGCGUCUCGGCCGCGCGUUUGUGUGCCAUAUGCCCAAGUUCAUCUCGGCCUUCUUUUCUGCGCUCUCGCCCUUCUUGGACCCGGUGACCAAGGACAAGAUCCGCUUCAACUGCCCCGACAUGACCGAGUUCAUCGAGAGCAAUCAGCUUGACGACCAGUUCCCCGGCGGAGCUUAUCCUUAUCAGUUCGACUUUGACGUCUACUGGAAGGCGCUGGUCGAGCGGUGCGGUAUCCAGCCGGACGGCACGCGCAGGGUGCCGUCCGCCUGA